AUGACCCUUCGAAGAGGCACGGCUUUACCCGUGACGCUUCAAAGUAUCACGGGUCUUCAGCUGGUCACUACCAUUUUCUGUCCGGAAUCUAGUUCGAGAUUAAUGUCACCUGUUUCCCAAGCUGUCAUUGACUUGCCAGAUGCUAGCCCGAAUACUCUUGGCUCUGCUAGUCGGUCAUUAUCGACCUAUGAGGAGGUAUAUGGACAUCUGAGACCGACUAUGGCAAAGUUAGGCGAAGUUAGGUUGGGCAGGGAUAGAGGGAGCAGAGGUAUGGCGAAGUUAGGCGAAGUUAGAAGAACGGGUGCUUGGUGGUUCGGGGAAGUUGGCCGAACUGAGAAGAUUGCUGAAGUUCUUCAGCGAUCCUUGAUUGUUAGACUGAGGAAUUAUGCCUUACAAGGCAUCAGAACAGAGGAAAGAGAAACUAGAGAAUUCCUUGGGACUUAUGCCUGA